GACGCACGCUGGGAAAACGCCGGCGAGCACCCGCCUUCGAGACCGAGCAGAGUGGCGGGAGGGGUCCGGUCACGGCUUGCCGGUUGGUCCGCGGGGGCGCUGCUCGCGGUACGGCACGGCCAAUAGGCUGCGCGUUCUCGGCCACGCCCGCGCGAGCUCUCUUCUCGCGAGGCCGGUUAGGCCCGAAUGUCGUUAGCCGUGGGGAAAGAUGGCGGAAAAUUUAAAAGGCUGUAGUGUGUGUUGCAAGUCUUCUUGGAAUCAGCUACAGGACCUGUGCCGCUUGGCCAAGCUCUCCUGCCCUGCUCUCGGCAUCUCCAAGAGGAAUUUCUAUGACUUUGAAGUCGAGUACCUGUGCGAUUACAAGAAGAUCCGCGAACAGGAGUAUUACCUGGUAAAAUGGCGUGGCUACCCAGAGUCAGAGAGCACCUGGGAGCCACGGCAGAACCUCAAGUGUGUGCGCAUUCUCAAGCAGUUCCACAAGGACUUAGAGCGAGAGCUGCUCCGGCGGCACCACCGGUCAAAGCCACCCCGGCACCUGGACCCAAGCUUGGCCAACUACCUGGUGCAAAAGGCCAAGCAGAGGCGGGCGCUCCGGCGCUGGGAGCAGGAGCUCAAUGCCAAGCGCAACCACCUGGGACGUAUCACUGUGGAGAAUGAGGUGGACCUGGAUGGCCCCCCGCGGGCCUUUGUGUACAUCAACGAGUACCGUGUUGGGGAGGGCAUCACCCUCAACCAGGUGGCCGUGGGCUGCGAGUGCCAGGACUGUCUGUGGGCACCUGUUGGAGGCUGCUGCCCUGGGGCAUCGCUGCAUAAGUUUGCCUACAAUGACCAGGGCCAGGUGCGGCUGCGAGCCGGGCUGCCCAUCUACGAGUGCAACUCCCGCUGCAGCUGCGGGUAUGACUGCCCCAACCGCGUGGUGCAGAAGGGCAUCCGCUACGACCUCUGCAUCUUCCGCACGGAUGAUGGGCGUGGCUGGGGCGUCCGCACUCUGGAGAAGAUCCGCAAGAACAGCUUCGUCAUGGAGUACGUGGGAGAGAUCAUUACCUCAGAGGAGGCGGAGCGUCGGGGUCAGAUCUACGACCGCCAGGGCGCCACAUACCUCUUCGACCUGGACUACGUGGAGGACGUGUAUACCGUGGAUGCCGCCUAUUACGGCAACAUCUCCCACUUUGUCAACCACAGUUGUGACCCCAACCUCCAGGUGUACAACGUCUUCAUAGACAACCUUGAUGAGCGGCUUCCCCGCAUCGCUUUCUUUGCUACAAGAACCAUCCGGGCAGGCGAGGAGCUCACAUUUGAUUACAAUAUGCAAGUGGACCCCGUGGACAUGGAGAGCACCCGCAUGGACUCCAACUUUGGCCUGGCCGGGCUCCCUGGCUCCCCCAAGAAGCGGGUCCGUAUUGAAUGCAAGUGUGGGACUGAAUCCUGCCGCAAAUACCUCUUCUAGCCCUUCGAAGUCUGAGGCCAGACUGACGGUGGGGGCCUAAAGCCACCCAUUCCACCCACCUACUACCCACUGCGCCCCUUCUGUUGAAGAACAACUGCCAGGGCCUCCUGCCUGCCUCCACCCACCCCCACCUGCCCCGGGCCAGGGGACUGUAGUGAGGACGCACUCCGGGAAUCCUCUCUCCCUGUCAUUUGUCAGCACCGGGACUUUCUGCAGGUGGGAUCCCUGGCCCGUGAAGGAGGUACAAGGGGCAAGCCCAACCCAGCCCCAGAAUAGAAAAAUACUUGGUUUUGCACCUGCUUAUUCUGCCUGGAGCUUUCUGGGUCGGUCUGUUGUGGGCCCGCUCCCUGCUGUCCCGAGAGUGGAGAAGCCACCCGAGGGCAGACUGACGUCAGAGCCCAGGCUGCCCAGCCCUCUUGGUUCCCCUGCCACAGAAACUUUGUGCUAAGGAAAGCAAAGGGCUCCCCGGGGCUAGGGACUGAGGCUGCUUUCUGCUCACGUUCACAUGCCCGCUGUGCAUCUGACAAGUAGACACCCAUUGGAAGGGGUGUGGGUGCCCACGGGCCACUGACCAAUGAAAGGAAGGCACUCCAGAUCCCAGCCCUUAAGGUGGACUGGGAUUGAGCUCUGCCUUUGGGGUGCACAGAAGGUGCCUAGGGCACCUCAGAGGGUCCUGGGAACCCUGGCCUGGGUGCGGGCUGCUGGGACUGUUUGGAGCGGGAAGCACGACCAGCCAUGCUGUAGAUAGCACUUAGGACAAAGCUGUAGCGACGGGGAGCGGUGAGGCGCCAGGCGCGGGCUGGGCGGAGCGCCUGUCUGCGUGGACUGUCUCAGGGAAGCCUCGAAAACUCUGGCGGUGGGUCCCAGAAAAGGGCCUGUGUGGCAGAAGGCCAAGUGCAGGGCAAGGAUGGGGGGUGGGGCGGGCUUACCCAUGACGGAAGCCCUGCCGCCUGCCAGCUCCAGGCCCCCAGGCCUUGGGAUUCACUUUGGGUUCACUGGCCUCAAAAGUUCCCUGCCCACAGAUGUACAGAAGGCGAAGGCUCUCAUGGCCGCCUCGCUCCUUGCUUCCCCUGUGAGGUCUUCUCUAGGAAGCCUUCCCUGACUACCUGUGCCCACAGUACCCCUAUGUGAGACUGUGCCCUGCUACCAGAUGCCAGAUGUGUGGCUGUCUGUGUGUCUGUACCCCCUAUCCCCAGAUUUCACUUUCAGGCAUGGACUGAAUCUGAGUCUCCUCUUGUAAUUCUGUGGCCCUACCCAUCCUGGGGUGGGUACCAAUAAAAUGAAUUGUGGACUGAACAAACCAAAGUGUGGGCAUUGAGA